CGGCCACGCUAUGUCGCCGGCUCUGCUUGUUGUCGUCGCUCUGUUGGCGUUUGGGCACGCUGCUAAAGAAAAACCGGAGCUGAGCGAUGAAAUCAAAGAAAUAAUAGAGCACGUGCACAAUGAAUGCGUCGCUAAGACCGCGGUGGCUGAGGUGGAUAUAGCGAAUUGUGAGAACGGUAUAUUCAAAGAGGACAACAAAUUGAAGUGCUAUAUGUUUUGUUUAUUGGAAGAAGGAAGUCUUGUGGAUGACGAUGGCAACGUUGAUUAUGAUCUAAUGAUAAGUUUGAUUCCUGAACAGUACACCGAAAGAGUUACAAAAAUGAUAUUUGCUUGCAAACAUUUAGAUACUCCAGACAAAGACAAAUGCCAAAGAGCCUUCGAUGUCCAUCAAUGUUCAUAUAAACAAGAUCCAAAUUUUUAUUUCUUAUUCUAAUUUAAUAUAAGGAGCAAGUGG